GAACGGGAUUGCAAUAAAAAAGGAGAAGAGGAGAGGACCAGUUAGACCACUGUCCAUCGCCUGAAACCAGAAACCGGCAGCUAGGGUUCAUUUUCCCUCCGCUCGCCGCUCCAACGCAUUCGCUCGAGGAAAGGAAUCAUUGCCGUCAUGUCUAACAGAUCAGAUUCUGAUAUAGACGAUGAUUUUCGUGACCUGUACAAAGAGUACACGGGUCCCCCAGGAUCUGCUACCGUCAAUGCACAGGAUAGAGAAAAAACAACCAAAAGGCUUCAUUCUGGUUCUGAUGAGGAAGAUGAAUCUCGUGACCCAAAUACAGUUCCAACCGACUUUACCAGCCGUGAAGCAAAGGUUUGGGAAGCGAAGUCAAAGGCUACGGAGAGGAACUGGAAGAAGAAGAAAGAAGAAGAGAUGAUUUGUAAAAUAUGUGGCGAAUCUGGUCAUUUUACUCAGGGGUGCCCCUCUACUCUAGGAGCCAACCGCAAGUCCCAAGAUUUUUUCCAGAGAGUUCCUGCCAGAGACAGUCGUGUGCGAGCGCUAUUUUCAGAAAGAGUGAUACAGAAGAUUGAGAAAGACACUGGCUGCAAAAUCAAGAUGGAUGAAAAGUUCUUGAUUGUUAGUGGCAAAGACAGAUUAAUCUUGGCCAAAGGAAUUGAUACUGUGCAUGAGAUGAUUAAAGAGGAUGGUGAUCAGAAGGGUUCUUCUAGUUCUCGGAUGUCCAGAUCUAGGUCACCAGUGCGCAGCCCUGUGGGCGAACGGUCAAGGCAGUCUCAAUCCCAGAGGUCUCAUAAUGGUCCACCUAGUGCAACGCACUUCCAACAGAGGUUUAGUAGGCAGGAAAAAGUUGUUGAAGAUCGUGUUCGUGAUGAUCUGAAAAAAUUAUCAAGGGGUUCUCCGCAAGCUUAUGGUAAUGAUAGGGCUAGAGAUCAUUCAAGCCGUUCAAAAUCUCCAGCACGUCCUCCAUACAGAGGCAACUCAUAUAGCUCUUAUGAUGGUCGUAAUCAGAACAUGGGUGCUUAUAGGACUGAUGGUUGGAAUAGUGAGAGAAGGGCCUCAGAUAUGCGAUCUGGAAGUCAGCUUGAAUUGCCUUCCCAUCCACAGACAUUGGAAGAAUUAGAGUUGGAAUAUAAGAGGGAGGCCAUGGAUCUCGGGAGAAUUCGAGAUAAGGAAGAAGACGAAGAGAAUUAUAAACAUCGUGAGGCUAUACGGGAAAUAAGGGAGAAUUAUUUGAAGAAAGUAGCUACUGUCAGGGGUAUGCAUGCAAAACAGUGGGAAGAAUUUCUCCAGUUUGAUGCCCAAAAGCAUGAUCAGCAGGCGCGCCAGCAAAUGCCUGGUCCUGGUUUUGGCGGUUAUAAGCAACAAGGUUAUUCUGAUUUUGAUGGUUCAGUCAAUCCUCAAUAUGCUGGAGGGGGUAUACCCGUUGAUUCGAGGAAUAUUUAUCCAAACCAUAUGGAAACUUAUCCUUCAAGGCUUCAAGGCGCCUAUGGUGACUUUCAGCGUCAAAGACAAGGUUAUGGAAAAACUUAUACGCGUUAUUAAUCUUGCUUGCCAGGAAUAUGCUGGGGUCUGCAUCCUGGUUGAAUAGGUUUGGGCCGCAAUGGAGCUUUUGUUUUGGUAAGUGUCAUGUUUCUAGACCCAAUUGGAGAACAGUUCAGCCGAUUCAUUGUCCUGACACUCUUUUUUUCAAUGUUUGGUUGUCGAACUGAGUCUUUUGUAAAGGAAUGAGUGCUUUCAAGCACGUAUUUGAGCAGUAAUGCUUGAUAGUAACUGGACUUGUGAAUGCUUCUGAAUUUUAUGCUAGUGGCAGACAAUAUCUGACAAAAUGUAUCGCCAUA